AAACACUAUGAACUCCUAGGGGCUGAAUAAUAAAAUGAUUCCUUAAUUAUUCACAAAAGACAUCAGGGCAAGGAUAUUAGAUUCUGGAAAGCAAUUGUAGGAUUAUGGAAUGGAAUGAGGCUGGUUCAAUGGGACUGAAGAAACCCCACUUAGUCCUAGGGCUAGAAGUUGCAUUCACAGACUUCCAAUGCUACAGAAACAACCUGCAACCCUGGACAGCAGAGAACACCACUAAGCGCUUGGUGGUAAGGGGAGGGCAGCCAUUCACCAUCACUCUGCACUUCCAAGCCUGAGGAUACCAGCCAGGAGCAGACACCAUCCUCCUCAUCACAGAGACUGCUGGUGAUAUGUAUCUAGCAAUUCCUGGAAGGCAGGAAUAUGUAAUGAAUGACUAUGGCUUAAUCUACCAGGGAAACAAGAACUGGAUCCAUCCCUAUCCUUGGAACUAUGGACAGUUUGAGGAGGAUACUGUGGAUAUCUGUCUGAAGCUACUGGACAGGAGCUUAAACUUCCAGUGUGACCCAGUCAAAGAGUAUUCCUUAGGAAAUAAUCCCAUAUACAUCAGUAGGGUGGUGAGCGCUAUGAUCAACAGCAAUGUUGACAGCGGGGUUCUAGAAGGGAACUGGAGCGAAGAUUACUCCAGCUGCAUCUGCCCAUCUGAGUUGAAUGGAGUCGUCAUACUGAGACAGUGGGAUGCUGCAGGAGGUCAACCAGUUAAAUAUGGGCAAUGCUGGGUCUUUGCAGUUGUGAUGUGCACAGAUAGGCCCAGCAGCUGUAACUUUCCUCUCCCUUUCCCAGUGAUGAGAUGCCUGGGGAAUCCCAACCCGCACCUUACCAACUUUGAGUCAGGCCACAAGAAAGACAGCAACCUGAUUAUUGACAAGUUCUGUGAUACCACAGGCAGGAUCACUUCAAACGAGGACAAGGACAGUGUGUGGAACUUCCACGUCUAGAAUGAGUGCUGGAUGGCACAAAGGAACCUGCCCCCAGGAUACGCAGGGUGGCAGGUACUGGAUGCAACUCCUCAGGAAACUAGCACUGGGGUGUACUGCUGUGGUCCUGCCUCUGUCAUAGCCAUCAGAGAAGGGGACCUGAACCUCUGUUACGAUCAUAGAUGUAUGUUCUCCAUGGUGAAAGCCGACUGCAUUGCCUGGCUUGCCUAUGGAGCAAGGAAGGAAAUACUUCACGGGGACACGCACUCUAUUGGGAACCACAUCAGUACCAAGAGCACUGGGAGCAAUGAGUGCGAGGCUAUCACCAAUAGCUAUAAGUACAAGGAAGGCUCCCAGGAGGAAAGGCGGGUGUAUGUGAAGGCCUGUGCCCAGGCACAGCACAAACCAAUGAGAAGUCCUAGCACAGCAGGGCCCAACAGGCUCCUGCCAGGAGCCCUGAGAUUUUCACCGGCUCCACCCACCCCAGAAGAGAACCAUAACCAGGAGCCACGGAAAGUGGCACAAACCUAUCUGAAAUUUAAACUCGCUGAGUCCCCUGAAAUUGGUCAGGACAUCAAGUUGAUCCUGCUAGCUUGUAACCUGGCUUUUGAGUACAAGAAUGUAAAGCUGAGUGUGAGUACCCAGUCCAUGCUGCACAAUAGCACCCCCCCACCUCCCUUCUGGCAGGAAACACUGUACAUCACUUUCCAUCCCAAAGAAGGUAAUUUUCAUUGCUGCUCCAAUCUUGGUGCAGGGCCCAUCGGGACACUGCAUGGGCUCAGGAAGUCAGCCCACCAGGCACUGGGGAGCAUCAGUGGAGCCCAGAGUACAAGCUGGUUCAGGUCACUGCCAUGGGGGGAGGAGAACACCACCUGGGAGAAGCUGCUCGUGAAAAAGAUCACCACCCUGGCUUACCCUGCUAUCCUCAUUAAUGUAUGGCAGCCUUGUGUAGUUAAUUGUUCCAGCAAGGGGAGCGGAGGGCAGGGCUGGGAAGAGCAGGUAUUUUACGUGAAGUCACCAUUAUUUCCGCUAUUUAGCAUGGGAGCCCUCAGACCCCAAGAAAGGACCAGCAUCACUUUCCAAAUCAUCCCCUUCAAGAGCAGCCAAAGGCAGCUCCAAGUAAACUUCAAGAGCAACAAGUUCAGGGAUAUCAAAGGGUACAAGGCUCUCAAGGUGGCACCCACCAGUAGAUUUUAACAACUCCAUGAUCAUAGCUGUGCAGCCUGAAAUGAAAUUCACAGAGAAGGAGCGCAAACUCCCCACACAGUGUAAUGCAACAGCAGGAAGUAUCCGAAUCAGGAGAAUGACCUUUCACCACAGUAGCUACUGGAGCACAAGGAAAGCGCUAAGGUUAAGUCCAUGUCCAUGCAAGGCUCCUGCUAGGUAGUACAUUGGUGCAGCAGCUCCUAAGCUCCUGUGGGUGCCUGGCCCUGUACCGCAGUGGCUGUUUAAGGCCAGAUGAGCUAGGACAGCACAACCUGCUGCUACAGUCCAUUCUUUUGAAUUAACAACAAAAUACUGCAAUCCUAUCAGUCUCCAUUGCCAGCUUGGUUAUAACACAAAUAGACUCCUAUCAGAGGAGUCUGCUUCCUCCAAGUUCUGGCUAAGGGUGCUAGGCAGUAGGAGCUACGGCACGGCAAGCCUGGCACGGCACGGCAAGCCUGGCACGGCACGGCCCUGUGGGUAACUAAAUCUUGAUGCAACAUUUGAGUGCUCUUGAAGCUGGGGUCUGUUCUUAUUCAGACUCCGUGAUUAUGGAGAACCUGGAGCAAAUGGGAGGUACAAGGACAGAAAGGGGCACACUGAACAGCUCUGGAUCCAGGAUCAACUUCCUGCCCAAGGAACUGACUUACUCUUUGUUGCACUAGUAACUUACAGGAGAAGUUUUGUCAGGUUGAACCAGCCACUGACUUUCCCAACCACCAUUGUCCUACAAUUGGCUAAGAGCUGUAAAGCACUUGUGGGGUCCUCAGAUGGAAAGUGCCAGAGUCUUAUUAUUAAAACUUAAACCAUCAUUUGAUGGCAACAUCACAGCACCAGAAGUCCCUUGAUUCUCACUUGUUGCUUUCCCCCACACCAGCCUUUAAAUAUGCUGGGGUCACCAAUAAAAUGUGGAGAUGUAAUUAAUCAAGUUGUGGGGACUUAGCUCAGGUCCUCCAAGAAUAGCCUCCUCACCCCGUUCACUUCCCCUUUCCCCCUAAAUUAAAUCAACUACGCUCACAUACUCUCUCUCUGCACUCUCCCUACCUCCUCACUAAGUCUCUGCCUCCCAGUCACACUCCUCUCACUCAUUCUCUCUCUGCACGCUCCUUCUCUCCAGAUGUGGAUGGGCUCCCAGGGAUGAUGCUCUCCCUUAUCCCAGGCUUGCAGGGCAGGGGUAGAAUACUGUUGGAAUAAGGUGACCAUUUACUAACAAAAGCCAGGAUACCCUCCCCGCACACCCUCCCGCACUCUGACUCUGAUCUGUACAGGCUGCUCGGGGUUUGUGCCCCCCACCCUAUGUUCUAGCUCCUCUCCCCAUCUCUGUUCUCUUCCCUGGGCUUUAUUUCUGUCCUCUCCACUCCUCACUUUUGCUGCAUGGAACGAGGAAGUGAACUGAGACCAGCAUGGGUGACAGAGAGGUGCCUGGUGGACACAAUAAAGAGUUUAGUUCUGAGACAUAGACUAGGGCACAGUGAGACAGGCCCUUGAAGGCUCUGUUAAUAGGAGCAAUUGAAAGAGUUACAAUAUCCAGUCACUUCAGAGACCUGCAUCCUGGUACUAUAACUGAGAUGCCCUCACAUCUUUCCUCCCCUUCCUGUCCACUUCAUCACAUAGGAUUGUUGAAUUGGUGCCUUCAAAGGCUGCUUUCUAAUAACAUGAGAGAACUGAGAGACAACAGUCAAGCUCUGCUGGAAUCAUUCCACUGUGGUCCUGCUCCAUCUGCCUCAUUACGCUAUUAAAGAGAAAAGGAGGACAGUAAGAGACUGUGUUCAUCUUGUAUAGCAGGUUCUCAGGAAAGAGAUGCUUGAGAGCGCCUUCAGAAAGAUAAGAGAACUUAGGACUGCCAGCACCAGCAAGACUGCUCCUUGCACUGUUCCUCCUGCCCUUGAAGAACCAGCUCCUCUGCUCUUUGCCUGCAUCCAAUGUCAGAGUUCCCUGCUGCUGGGAUAGGAUGUACACCUGCCUGUGGAAGUGUCUAACAGGACUGGUGGUAAGAAGGCUGUGCAU